AACUGUAAUACAUAAUGGUAUUCUCCGAGCGCAUUCGAAUCACAUUACAAUUCUAAGUCGUAGACAUGGAGGGUUCCAACUUUGUGACGGUUAAGAGGGGAAGGUCAAUUUCAAACAGUGACACAGAAAUCAUCAAAAUAAAGAGAAGCGAAACUCCAGAUGAUGUUCUGUCGGCCCUCCUGAAGGAAGGAGGAGUCAGCAAAAAUAACGAUGACACAAAAGAGGAUGACCUACAGAAAGGAGAAGGGUCAGGGACAAACGAGGAUGAUGUACAUAAAGGGAAAGGUCAUGAGCACGCUAGAGAUGAAGAUGGAAGGAGAACAGAGCAUGGUAAGACAAAGCAACUCAGGCGGCAUGUCUCUCAUGGUUAUCAUUUAGUUGAAGGAAAAAUGAAACAUGGAAUGGAAGAUUAUUUAGUUGCUAAAAGAAAGGAAAUGGAUGGUCAUGAGCUGGGGCUCUAUGCAAUUUUUGAUGGACAUUCUGGCCGCAAGGUUGCUGAAUACCUGCAAGACCACCUCUUUGACAAUAUAUUGAAUGAGCUUGAUUUCUGGUCAAACCCUAAAUCCGCAGUAAAGAGGGCAUAUGAAGCUACAGACAAUGAGAUCCUGGAAAAUGUUGUUGGUUCAAGGGGAGGUUCGACUGCGGUAACAGCAAUACUAAUCAAUACAGAGAAGCUAGUUGUUGCUAAUGUUGGGGACUCACGAGCUGUAAUAUGUAAGAAUGGUACUGGCAAACAAAUUACUGUGGACCAUGACCCCUUGAAGGAACGGGAACUUGUGGAGAGUAAAGGAGGUUUUAUAUCAAAGAAACCUGGGAAUAUUCCCCGAGUUGAUGGCCAGCUGGCAAUGACAAGGGCUUUCGGAGACGAGAGGCUGAAGGAUCACAUUACAGUAGAACCUGAUAUUGUGAUCGAGAAGAUAGAAGAAGAUACAGAAUUUAUCAUCUUAGCAAGUGACGGCCUGUGGAAGGUAAUGUCAAACCAAGAAGCAGUUGACUGCAUACAGGAAUUGAGAGAUGGUCAAGAGGCUGCAGAAGAAUUGAUUAAGGAGGCACUGUUAAGGGAGAGCAAAGAUGACAUUUCUUGUGUUGUUGUGAUGUUCGACUGAUGACAUCAGGGGAGUUGGAUGUUUCUCUCUCCCUCAGUCCUAUAUUGCUACAGUCAGAGUAAGUAACUUCAAAUCUAGGGCGCGGUGUGAUCUUAGUGAAACGAACUUCAUGUGAGGACGCAUCAAGUAGUAGUUUCUGUUAACGCUUUUUGAAAAUCCAGCGGCAAUAUGUCCUUCCA